GGCGGGGGGCCGCGUCGAUAUGACAACGAGCUCGUCGAGGGUCCUCGGCGCCGCCGCGCCGGCCACUGGCGGCGCGUGGCGGGCGGCCCGGGUGAGGUUCCUCGCCAUCUGGUACCCGCUCAAGUGCCAGAUCACGACGCGCCGAGCCCGAGGGAUGAUCGUGGUGAUCUGGGUGAUCGCCUGCGGCACCACCAUCCCCUGGAUGCUCUUCUUCGACACGGUCAUGACGCCGAUCGGAGACCACCAUGAGAUCGUCAUGUGCAGAGAGGUGUGGCCGAACAACAUGAGCGGCGAGAUGUACUUCCUCGUGGCGAACCUCCUCUGCUGCUACGUGCUGCCGCUCGUCCUCAUCUCGCUGUGCUACGUCCUCAUCUGGAUCAAGGUGUGGCGGCGGUCCAUCCCGUCCGACUCCAAGGACGCGCAGAUGGAGCGGAUGCAGCAAAAGUCCAAAGUCAAGGUGGUGAAGAUGCUGGUCGUGGUGGUCAUCCUGUUCGUGUUGUCGUGGCUGCCGCUCUACAUCAUCUUCGCGCGCGUCAAGCUGGGCGGCGCCCCCUCUCCCUGGGAGGAGGAGGUGGUGGCCAUGGCGACGCCCGUGGCGCAGUGGCUCGGGGCGUCCAACUCGUGCAUCAACCCCAUCCUGUACGCCUUCUUCAACAACAAGUUCCGGCGCGGCUUCCAGGCCAUCCUGCAGUCGCGGCGCUGCUGCGGCCGCCUGCGCUACUACGAGACGGUGGCCGUGGUGGGCUCGUCGUCGGCGUCCAUGCGCAAGAGUUCGUACUACGUGACCAACGGGUCGUCGACGCGUCGCGCGCCACCGCCGGUCGUGGUGCCCGUGCCGGUGGGCGCGGCGCCUGGCCACGAGUCGGCCGUGUCGUACAUCUGCAACAACAGCGCGUACAUCGCCGCGUCCAACACGGGCGUAUAGUCGGCGCCCGGAGAACAGCCACCGACCCGUGGCAAAACCCUUUUGUCAUUGUUGUUUGUCUCGCGUCUUGUGCCAAUUGCAGGCCUACGCGGCGCGCCUCCCCCGUCUGGGGGCACUGCCACAGGGCGAGCCCGUCGAGCUGCAUGUCCUUCACCGACGUGCUUGCGCGCACCGCUCGGCGGGGGGCGGCCCAUUGGGCGGCCGGUAGGGCCGGGCACGCGGGCCUCCCGGGGCCCCGUGCUGAGCACGCCGUGCUGAGCACGUGCUGAGCACGCUUGUAGCUGGGGGCGGACCGCACCACUCACUGCUUGACGAUACACGGGGAGCAGUAAAGGAGGACGUGGCUCUGGCCGGGGCUGCGCGCGUCACACGGAUAUGGUUGCGGGGGGGAUGUUGUGCGUUUCCCCCCGACGGAUUGUGCCGGUACACGAUACGGGAUGGUUUCUCGGAGAGUUGUCUGACGUUAAGAUUGUGACGCGCGACGCCCGACGUUUUUUUCGGCCCGUCCGCUCGCCACAGAAGUGUUGUUUGUUGUCUUUGUCAUUGAUUGUUGUGAGCAUUGGUCAACUUCAGCUCCAGUUUAAACAUGUAGAGUGGUUACCCAUUCUAAUGCAAAAUCAAAGGUUUUAUCGAUUUCGUAUUAUUAUUUAUUUUCAUUUUCUACCUCUAUCAGUUGAUAAAUCUAUUCCUCCUUUCGGUUUGCUUCUAUAAGUCUAACUGUUAAAUUAUCUCCCUGUUCCCCUUUCCUCUUUCUCCCUGUAUCUAUUAACAUUCACCACUUUUCUACUUAAGUGCCUAACAUAAUAUCAUUAGUUAGCAGUAAGCAAGAGAAUGAUAUCUUUAUAUACUUUGGCGUCCAAUUGAUGCUGGCAUCUAGUUUGGCGCGUUGCAAUCAAAAGAAAGUUUAUUAUAUUUUCUGAAUGAAUGGUUUGUACGCACGGGUAACUCGUAUUGUAGCCCGUCGUACGUAUAUACUGCUCACGCGCAUGUCUAGAUCAGAAACACUAUCACUGCGCACUGAAUUUUAUGAUGGUUCAACGGCAGAAUAGGCUAUAAUGUGUAAAGUUCAUUGAUUCUUUAUAAGUACCAUUAGAUAUGUAGAAUACGAGGUAACUCUCGGACGGUCUGCUGUAUCUGACAACAACCCAAUACCCUAACGUGUAGAAUUAUAAGUCAAAAAUGCUGCCACACUUUCGAGUUGUGAUGGUCAACACAAUAUUGCAUAUAUUAAUGAUUUAGUUUGAAUUUUUUAUGUGUUUUCUGUCUGAAUAUUUUCGGUAUGCUUCUGUUCAUUUCUUUACGAGAGGUGAUCGAUAUUCCCUCUAUGAGACUCAGAGGCCUACAAUACGAGUAGUUAGUUAUUGGCUAGUUGUGCUUUUAAAGUUGGUUAGGUGCAGGCACAAAACCGACCUAUUGUUAUUGUAAUUUUAAUAAAAGAAAUUCUUGUUGAUUAAGA